CAAUUAUGUUAUGGUAGAAGUCCUACUCAUGGUGAUCUGGUAGAAUUGGGAGAAGCCGUAGGUAUUAUUGCAGGUCAAUCUCUUAACAUCUAUAAUAGGGUCUGAUGGUCUUCCUUUUUCGUCUCUUCUUUGUUCUGCUUCAAGGCAAAAUUAUUAACACUUCCAUUACUAACACUUCAUUCAUUUGACUCUCCAAAAUAAAGUUAUGUCUAAAGCUUACCCUUCCGGCCCUUAUCAACACACUGAAAAAUUAUGGAGUGUUAAUUCCGGAGCAGACCACCGACAGAUUUUUUCCGACGACGGCAAAGUCAAGAGAUAUGGAAGCUAUUUCCCUUUUCAGAGCGAUCAAACCCUUCAAACUCAACCCGAAUCUCACUGAAUCGUUUUGCGUCCGGUGCUCUUCUUCUUCCUCAGCCACCAAGGUUCACACGGGUGAAAGAACAGGGGUGAAGAGACAAUUUGAUGGAUUAUUGUUGGAUGCUGCUGGUACACUCUUGCAAUUGGCUAAGCCUGUUGAAGAGACCUAUGCAGCUAUUGGAAAAAACUAUGGUCUUUCCACCCCAUCCGCUGUGAUAAAGAAAGGUUUCAAAAGAGCUUUUUCUGCCUCAUGGGCUGAGGAGCUACGGUAUCAGGGAGAUGGAAGACCAUUUUGGAAGUUCAUAGUUUCUGAAGCAACUGGUUGUAAUGAUAAUGCUUAUUUUGAAGAAGUUUACCAGCACUAUGCAAAUGGUGAUGCUUGGCGUCUUCCGGACAGAGCCUCUGAUACUCUAUCAAACCUGAAAGAUUGUGGAGUCAAACUGGCAGUUGUUUCGAAUUUUGACACCCGUUUGAGGAAGCUAUUGAAAGACCUCAACGUGGUACAUCUGUUUGAUGCUGUUAUAGUAUCUGCUGAGGUCGGAUAUGAAAAACCAGAUGCUAAGAUAUUUCAAGCUGCACUCGAUCAGAUAUGUGUUGAAACGACCAAGGCAGUUCAUGUUGGAGAUGAUGCCAAGGCUGAUAAGGAAGGUGCUAAUGCUGCUGGAAUUGAAUGCUGGUAGGGUAUUGCCUUUCUACAAUAUAUGCGGAAGUACAGAGUUGCUCCUGGCCUAUGUUCUCAUUAAACUGUAAAUGAAGUACAAAAUUCAGUAAUUUGAGAUUCCGGAGAAUCUGAAACCGGAAAUCUCAUAAUAAGAACCAAACACAGUUUGUGAGAUCAUCAUGACAUGUAGAUGUAAUGAAAGUGGUUGACUGAGAUCCUACUGAAACAGGUUAUGGGGCAGAGAUGUCAAGUCUUUUGCUGAUAUACAGAGCGCUAUUCUGAUUGAGUCUUAAAACUGUCUUAGUCAUUGGCAAUGAGCUAUAGCUUCUAUCUAUGCUUUCUAAAAUAAGGCAUGAAAAGGGGAAGCGUAAAAGUCUGUUUUCUAUAGCAUACAGCACAUCGGAUCAUGAGUUCAUUAGCAGUCUUUCAAUACAAAUAAUGUAUUUGUGGGAGAUUCAACUUAAUCCUCCUUUGUACGCAGAUGUUCAUACAAAAACUAUUAUCGAAUGAUACUUAAUUCCAAGAGGGCUUUUGUAAGUUGAUAAAUCCGUAUUUCAAUACACAUUUAAUGCAUGUUGGGGAUCGUUUUUUGUCAUUUAUUCUAACUAAAAUGUGUCAUAAAACGUCUAAUUAUCUUAAGUCACAGUUUACCAGGUUUGUGUUUUCUAUUUUUAGAAUUAAAAGUCAAGAAUUUGAGCCUGACAUCGGCAUUAAAAAACAAUUUGGAAAGAUUUGGGACGCGUUCGAGAGUUGACAAGAGGCAUUGGAGAUUCACGGGGCGAUCAAAGAGAGAUUUUAGAGAUAAAAGAGGUCAAAGAAUGAAGUCGGGAUCAAUCUGGAUUCUGGAUCGAAAAAAAGCAAGAAAACGGUAGCACGUUAGCCGCAUGCCGUGCAGAUGAAUCAAAGAGGUCGCAAUUGGAUUUUCUGACCCGCACGACGUGCAUGUGUGUUCGCGGUCAUGCGGUUCAGAACAUGGCUGCAGGAAGGUCCGCACGGUUCGGAGGUCUGCUCGCCGUGCGGACGACCAAAGAUUUAAGCGACAAAUUUUUUUUAUGGAGGUCCGCACGAGAACGCCGUUCCAAUCGAAAGAUCCCCAAAUUUCAAAUUAAUGAAUUUUGUACUUUAUUUACUGCCUGAAAGUCCAAUGCACCCCCACACUUAAAGCUUGACAUCGAUCUCGAUAACCAAAAUUAAUGCUACAUGAAAAUCGAGGGAUAGUUAGGAAUGAGUCGCGGUGCUCAAUUAACUCAAGUCACAUUGCUUUUAUUUUAUUUUUUUCAUCGUUGAAUUUAGUUAAUUUUUAUUCCCCUUUUGUCCAUUAAUGUGGAGACCAUACUCG